AUGAACGACAUGAACGAAGCGAACCCAACGAAUACACCCGCAGAGCGAGCUCAACACGUGGAUCGAGUGGCUAUCAAACCACCACCGUUCUGGAAGGCCGAUCCGAAACUGUGGUUUGUUCAACUGGAAGCACAAUUUGCUCUAUCAAGUAUUACAGCAGACCUAACAAAAUACAACCAUGUGCUUAGUGUUGUGGACACGAGUAUUUUAAGUCAAAUAUCAGAACUACUCCUAAACCCACCUGCGGACAAUAAGUACAACGCUAUCAAAGACAGAUUAAUCUCAAUAUAUUCAGAUUCUCAGGAGAAGAAAUUAAAAACUCUCUUGUCAGACAUGAAUCUCGGCGACAAAAAACCUUCGCAGCUAUUAAAUGAGAUGACACGUUUAGGAGGUUCAUCAGUUUCAUGUGAAUUACUGAAAACCCUGUUAAUGCAACAUUUACCUGCACAGAUGCAAUCAGUAUUAGCCACCAGUAAUGACAAUCUAGACAAUUUGGCGAAAAUGGCAGACAAAAUCGCAGAGAUUGAACAACCCCGCAACUUCGCAGUGCACAACAACGAUCCUUCACUUACUGAUACCAUCCGAAAGCUCUACAAAGAAGUUCAAGAGUUGAAACUACAGCAUCCUCGUCGUGAGCAAUCACCACGGAAAAGGUCGAAAACAGUCAGCCCCAGGAGGAGGCUGGUGAAGUCUGUUGGUACCAUCUUCAUUUCAAGGACCGUGCAAGAUCAUGCAGAGCGCCUUGCAAGAAGGGCCCCAUCCAGGAAAACGACACUUCACGACGUUAAGGGCGACGAACGCCGUGAACCCUACCAGUCGCCUUACCAACCCUCCUGCUACAGUCAACUCUACCUUCUCUAA